CGUCUUUCCCGCCGGGCAAAGCGCUCACGACUUCCACCCGCUCUAGAAGUGCUUAAUAUUCACUUGUUCAUUUCACGUGUAAACCUGUGCGAUCCUCCUGUACCAAACGUUUUUGUGAUACUUGAUCUUAAAUUGAAUAAAUUAAAUUAGUUUAACUUAAAAGGCGAUCGGUUUUAUAAUCUUGCCUUUUUAGGCAUGCUUAAAAAAAUAAAUAAAUCGCUAAAUCAGUUCGUGUUGUAUCGUUGGAAUUUCAUGAAGGAUAUUCGUAAUCGCCAAUGGCUAUUGUCGCUGCUGUUGUUUGCAGCUGCGAUGAAUUCAGCCACAGCGGCCGCUUUAACACACACUUCAGGGCCUUGCGACCCCGAGAAGUUCCGGUGCGACAACGCGGCGUGCCUGCCGAUCUCGUACGUCUGCGACGGCGACAACGACUGCGGCGACGCCAGUGACGAACGCAAUUGCACGUGUGGCGAUGACUUUACGUGCGGCAACGGCCACUGCGUGCCACGGCUGAGUGUGUGUGACUCAGAGAACGACUGUGGCGACUACAGCGACGAGCUCAACUGCACCGCAGCGGCCUGCACGACGGGUUUUCUCUGCAGCAACGGCAAGUGCUUGCCUUUAUCCGUCCGCUGUGAUGGCGACAACGAUUGCGGCGACAUGAGUGAUGAGCGCAACUGUACGCACGCUGGCACGGACUGUCGGAUCACGCAAUUCUUGUGUGAUAACGGAAACUGCGUCGCGUCCGGUAACAAGUGUGACGGAGACGACGACUGUGGAGACAACAGCGACGAGAGAAACUGCACGUGCGAUUCAUCGCAGUUUCAAUGCAACAACAAACGCUGCAUCCGUGCGAGUUAUAAGUGUGAUGGCGACAACGAUUGCGGUGACAUGAGUGAUGAGCGCAACUGUACGCACGCUGGCACCGACUGUUGGAUCACGCAAUUCUUGUGUGAUAACGGAAACUGCAUCGCGUCCGGUAACAAGUGUGACGGAGACAACGACUGUGGAGACAACAGCGACGAGAGAAAUUGCACGUGCAAUGCAUUGCAGUUUCAAUGCAACAACAAACGCUGCAUCCCCGCGAGUUAUGAGUGUGAUGGCGACAACGAUUGCGGUGACAUGAGUGAUGAGCGCAACUGUACGCACGGUAAGCGCAAUUAUCAUUCAGGAUAUCGCUGCAUACCGCUGACUCAGCGUUGCGACGGCGACCGUGACUGUCCGAACGGGAACGACGAGACCAACUGUACACAAG